CAACUCCCCCGAGCGUGACGACUCUAGUGUUUAGUCUUAACUCAGACCCUAACCCGAACACUGAAACGCCUGCCUAAUUUAGUGAAAAUGGCGGACGUAGAGCUAGUGAAACACAAAGGUGGUUGUCAUUGUGGAAGGGUUCGAUUUGAAGUUAUGGCGCCAGCAGUAAUUCAUGUUUACGACUGCAACUGCAGCAUUUGUACAAAGAAGCAAAACAGGCAUUUUAUUGUUCCACGGGAUGAUUUUACCUUGUUAGAGGGUAAAGAAAAUUUAACAUGCUAUACUUUCAAUACCCAUGCUGCGAAGCACCUUUUCUGCAAGACAUGUGGUGUACAGAGCUUUUACAUCCCUCGUUCUAAUCCAGAUGGUUAUGGAGUCAUGCCACAUUGUUUGGAUGAGGGUACAGUGGAGAACAUAGAACUAGAGGCUUGUGAUGGACAAAAUUGGGAAAAGUUCAUUGCAGGAAAUCCUGAAAUCAAAGAACGAUCUAAGAAAUAGGAUCAAAGAAAAAUCCCAUAGUAAUCUCUUGCUGGAAAUAAAAGAACCUUGGGAUCUAAUGCAUGAAAUGUUUAAUAACAUUGAACUUUUAAUUUUGUUUCGGUGUAACUGCUCUGAAACCUUCCCGGAAUUGUUUGCCCUACUCAGAAAUCAUGAGCUCAAUUCGUAGUAAAAUGUAAAACAAACCCACAAAUUUGUUAAUAAGGCCUAUUUUUAUCAAUUUGCAUGAUUUUCGUGCAUUUUAUUGAAAAAAAAUUAGCUGUCUCUUAGUUAUUGACUUUUGAAUGUACCAGUAGCUAGCUCACCAGGCAGGAGGCCACAGGUGUAAAAUUUUAAACCAUACCAGGCAUGUCUCAGUAGAUGUCACAUGAACUGUAAAGAAUGUAAUAAAACUGUUUAUCAUGACUCUUGAUUUAAGAAUACCUGGUAAUUUCUAACACCAAAAUAAAUACUCAGCUACAAUCACAUAUCCAACCUUCUGGUCUAAACACUCUGGUUAUCUGAAUAAUAAAAUGCUAAUGGAGGCAACAAAAAACCUAUCUGCCCAGCCCUAAACAAAGCUAACAAAGCGGGACACUAAAAAAAGGAACUGCUGCCCAAGAAACAAAGCUUAAAAUAAUAAUUAUCAAGAAUGCUGUCAACACUGGCCGCUAGAAAAGUAAAGUCUUUAGAACCCCCAUCUCCUGUAUCCAGAUGUGAUUGUGUUGGGCUUCACACUCAAAAGCUUACUUGACCAUUUGAAAGUGAACUAUUCCAGUUAGCCAGAAAAAAAAACUGUCUUUACCCUUGCCAUUAGCCAUAGCAACUGGGGUUGAUCUUAUUUCUUGUGGGAUAAAUGAGCAGGAAAAAAGGGUCUACUUCCUUGUUGCUCAAAGCAACUGAAAAAAUCCUACUUCUGAUUUAUUUUAUUUUAUG